AUGGGCAACGAUUACGAACAGUUGGGACCAUCACGCAGUCCAGCAGCAGCACCACUACCACCACCACAGGCCGCAGCACCACUUCAACAACCUCCUCUAGUGGAACAUACAGCGAUAGAAACAACAGAAGCGGCAGGUAAGCCGAGUACAAAGGCGUCUGAUAAAACAGCGCCGGGACAGGCACAACCGCAGAAGGGAGCCGCAGUGAAGGGAAAGGCUGGUGUUUCACUUCAGAUAAACUGCUUCUAA